AUGCUCAUGCUCAUGCUCAUGCUCAUGCUCAUGCUCAUGCCCGAACUUAAACUUAAGUCUAGGCUCAAGUUUAAGAUAGUGCUUAAGCUAGUAUUAAACCUAAGGCUAAAGCAAAACCUCAUUAUCAAAAAACAAUAAAUAUUAAAUAACUAUGUAAGACUUAAAAACCAAGUUAUACGGUGUAACUUUGAAUUGUAUUAUGAAUCCAAACACUUGAUAACGCUAUCUCGCACAAGUGUCAAAACGUGUUUUCUGACAUUUCAGAUUACAAAACACCACGUGUUCGAUGUGGAUGAUUAGAAACUGCACGAUACUAAUAGUUGUAGUAAACUUAUUCAGCUACAAUCCAAACACAUGGUUGUUUUUGUUUUACCGAGUAUAAAAGCGUGCGAUAACACGCUUCAUUGCAGUAUUUUACAGUUCUACCACGUUUUCUUGCAGUAGCUACAUUACAAUUUACGAAAAGUAGCGGAGGCUGUGUUUAUAGUAUGUUUUAUACACGUAUAAACAUAUAAUAACAGUAUGUGGCAGUAAAUAUGGUUGUAAGUAAGAUAUACUGUAGCUCAUGCUCAUGCUCAUGGUCAUGCUCAUGGUCAUGCUCAUGCUCAUGCUCAUGCUCAUGCUCAUGCUCAUGCUCAUGCUCAUGCUCAUGCUCAUGCUCAUGCUCAUGCUCAUGCUCAUGCUCAUGCUCAUGCUCAUGCUCAUGCUCAUGCUCAUGCUCAUGCUCAUGCUCAUGCUCAUGCUCAUGCUCAUGCUCAUGCUCAUGCUCAUGCUCAUGCUCAUGCUCAUGCUCAUGCUCAUGCUCAUGCUCAUGCUCAUGCUCAUGCUCAUGCUCAUGCUCAUGCUCAUGCUUAUGCUCAUGCUCAUGCUCAUAAGUAA